GAGAAGAGCCCGGCGCGCCUGCGUAGUCGGAGCCGCAGUGUGCGCGCGUGCCUGCUGGCUGUUUCUUUUUUGUCGUGGGCUUUCUGUUUGCGGCGCAACGCGGUUUGUUUCUCCUGACGACAGGAGCCUGCACACGUGUUCUCGAUUCCGUGUUGUUACGAUUCCUCAUUUGUUAUUUUAUUGUUCGUGCGUGUCCGAAAUUGUGUGAGUGCUUGAGUGGCGUUAGGGGGUGUUGAAAAAGGUGAUACAGAAACCGACGCCUUUCGUGGCGGCGUGCGAUCGUCGACAACGUCGUUCCUGGAGAACAACAUCGAAGUUCAGUGGAUUUUACGACACGACGACGUAAUGCCCAGGACGGCGUAAAGAAGAAACAAGAAAAUGAAGUAUUACCCUCCUUGUUGUUCAUCGACGACGCGCUUGCACCUGACCUCAAACUCGACUGAGCUGGAGCUCCCGGGAUCGCGGCGCCAGCGCUGCGCCACGCUAGGAUUUUGAUCGAACAUUUUGACGGGCGCCGGCGUAACUGCGGCCUGUCGCGGCCCGUGGGCUCUAGCAGCGGUGCUGGCACGGUCAUGAAGGCGGUCGCCAUGGAGACCGUCGAUGACACCGUGACCACGGAAGACCAGCUGGUGCCGCUGCAGGUCUUUGUGCCGGACCUUGUCAUUCAGAAAUGCUUCCACGUGCAGAAGGAUGAGCUGAUAUGGGACAUCAAGCAGCAUAUCAUCUCUUCGCUGCCUAAGGAGGUGAAGGAAGGAUUCAACUACGGUCUCUACUGCCCUCCGGUGAACGGCAAAGCCGGCAAGUUUUUGGACGAAGAGCGGCCCAUCGCUGACUACCCUCUCUCCGACGCUGUCGCCUAUCUAGAGUUACGCUACAAGCGGCGAGUCUACAAGAUGAUCAACGUAGAAGAGAAGCAAAUCAAGCAGCUGCACACGCGAGCCAACUUGCGUCGGAUGCUGGAUCACGUGACCAACUCUAACGUGGACAAGAUCAGCAAGCUCUGCACCCGGGGCCUGGACCCGAACUUCCACUGCCCUGACACGGGAGCAGAGACCCCGCUGACGCUGGCUGCGGGCCUGAAGAGCCCUAGCAAGGUGAUCAUCGCGCUGGUGAAUGGCGGGGCGCUCCUGGACUACCGCACUAAGGACGGCAGGACGGCCCUGCAUCGCGCCGUCGAGAAGAACAACCUGGAGGCACUCAAGACUCUCCUGGACCUGGGCGCAUCGCCCAACUACAAGGACGCCCGAGGAUUGACGCCGCUCUACUACACGGUGCUGUGGAACGCCGACCCGCAGCUCGCCGAGACGCUGCUGCACGACCACGCUACGCUGGGGGUCGCCGAUCCGCAGGGCUGGCAAGAGGUGCACCAGGCGUGCAAGCACGGCCUGGUCCAGCACCUGGAGCAGCUUCUGUUCUACGGGGCGGACAUGAACGCGCGCAACGCGAGCGGCAACACACCGCUGCACGUGUGCGCCGUCAACGACCGGGAGAGCUGCGCAAGGGUGCUGCUGUUCCGGGGGGCCGACCCGGCCGCCCUCAACUACGCCAACCAGAACCCUUACCAGGUCGCCGUCAUCGCGGGCAAUCUCGCCCUCGCCGACGUCAUCAAGAAUCACAAGCCCGAGGACGUUGUGCCGUACCGCGAACCGCCGACGUACAACCCUCGCCGGAGAGCCAGCAGCGCCGCCCUGAGUCGCACGCACAGCGACCCGAGGCUGGAGCUUGUGGUGCUGGGCGCCAAGCCGCCGUCGCCGUGCCCGUCCAAUCGGUCGCUGCCCCCGUUCUCAUCGGCCGCGUCUACUGCGUCCGAGGCCUCAUCCAUGGCCUCGUCUUCGCACGCGAACGACUCCGAGGGCAGCUCGGGCACGGCGGCCUCUUCGGCCACCGACAAGAGUGCCACAAGCGAAUCAUCGGGUGUCUGUACGAGCAACAGCGCGCACAGCUGUGACUCGAGCACGGACAGUUCGGACACGCCCGAAGUGAUCACGGUCGGAACAACGUGCGUCUGCGUCACCGAGUACCAGAGUCCACUCCAGGGUCACCUCUCCCUCAACUGCGGUGACAUUGUCCAAGUCACCGAGGUGAGCGACACCGGCAUGUUGGAAGGCCGGACGCGAGAUGGACGCCAGGGAAUGUUCCCCAGUGCCGCCGUGCAAGAGGUCAAGAUGAGGGGCAGUACGUCGUCUCAGGGACGGGUCAGAGGUCGCCGAGAGAUGCAGUCCACAUCGGGGGCUGCGACGCUGCCACGGCGGUGGAGAAUGUACGGCGAACCACGUACAGUGGUAUUGCAGAAGAGCAAAAAAGGCUUCGGGUUUGUCCUUAGAGGAGCCAAAGCCACGAGUCCACUGAUGGAGCGGCUGCCAACGGAAAACUGGCCGAGCUUACAGUACUUGGAUGACGUGGACCAAGGUGGUGUUGCGGACCUUGCUGGCCUCAAGAGAGGGGACUUCUUGCUCGAGAUAAACGGGCAGGACGUCUCCCAAGCGACCCACGAGUGCGUGGUGAACAUCAUCCUGCAGCAGGGCGACCUGAUCGCCAUGACAGUGCUCACGGUCGCCGGCACCGUGCCGGGGCUCGCGUUCUCCCAGGGUGGCUCUUCGUCCUCGGCGCCCUCGUCUGCGCCGGGCUCGGAGGCCGGCAGCGUGCCCGCGGCAAGCAGCAGCGUGACGCCCCCGAUGCUGCAGGCCAACGGCGCCGUGGCCGGCGCCUACCGGCAAUGCGCCACAUUACCGCGCAAGCUGUCGGCCAAGAAGGCCCCAGCCCCUCCCAAGAGGGACCCCAAGACGACACUCUCCGUGGGAAGGGCUAGGGCGAAGUCCAUGGUCGCAGGACUCACCGACAUCGAAGUCCUGGACCGGACGCUGAACGAGUACGACUCAGAGGGCCGCUCAACCAAGAGUAGUUCCAUCGAAAGCAUUCCGAAGCAGAACGGAACCACCUCUGCGCCCGCCGCCUCGAGCAACGCAAGCGCGUCCGCGACUGCGACGGCAGCAGCGACGGCGGGCCCCGAGGGAACCAAAACGGCCUCGAUCCGCAGCCGACCCGUCCGCAUGACGGCCGCCGAACUCGAAGAGUUUCUCACGCGCCAGAGCGCCGAGCGCAAGCCGCGCGUGUUCGGCAGCGUCGCGGCGAUGAAGCGGGCCGCCCGCGGAGCGGGGCCUACCAUCCUCAAGGACUUCAACAGCGAACCCGAACUGAACGCAGCCGAGACGGACCUGGCCCGGCGAAGGAGCCGGAGCCAGGAGAACCUGGCCAUCUACGGCGAGUCCUGGAAGAAGAUGGAGGAGAUAUGGAAGAAGCCAGCGACACGGAUCUACGCUGAGACGACGGCAACGGCCACUGCAAAGCAGCCGCUGCCAGCGCCACCCAGCGGCAACACCAGCGCUUCAACACCGCCUGCGGCGGUCUCGGCUCCGGUGUCGGCGGAACAAGCUAGUCAGAGCUCGCGGAAACCACCGCCGAGCCACCCACCUCCGCCACCGCCAGUGGGCCAGAUGCUGAAGGUCGACGUGUCGAACGCGAUGGGCGAUUACGCCAACGUGGACGGUAUUCCAGACUCAAAGGUCAUGUCUAGCUUCAGGCCGGGAGACAGUGCCAAGCUGUAUGCGUCUCCCGAGUCCCUGACUCACGUAGCCUACAAGACGAGCGCCGAGGCCCGCGGUGCGGGGCGUCCCGGAAGAACCCCUGCUCCGCCCGGCUCUGGAACGCGGUCGCAGUCGCUACCGCCCCGGAUUCAGAACAGGGAACCGUCGGAGACUCGCGAAAAUGUGGUCUACUCAACGUUCAGGGUGGUACAGCCCACACCGGAGACGGGGACUGCGCGGGCUGCGGCCAAGGGCAAGAAGGUCAGAGGCCCCGCGUCCGUUCAAGAGGAGCCGCCACCGCCUCCUGAGAAGCCACCGUACAUUCCCGAGCCCGACUACGACAGCACGGAUGAAGAAGACGAGCAGGUUUCCAGGAAGCUGAAGUCGGGAGACAUGGGUACAUUCAAGGCAUCGUCCGGUGGCUCGAGACGGGACGAGGCGCCACCACCACCCGAGAGGGCUCCUACGACAACUACUACCAUGGUGACUGCAGUGCGCCACGAUUCAGAUCCGAAAGUGAUCGCUACCAAGAGUCACACGCUCGAGCCUCGCUCAUCUAGGGCUCAGGAAACCAUCGUUCACAUCAAGAGGGACCCACUCGAGUCCGAAAAGCUGGUACUCGAGGUUUCCGCCGGUUCCGUGCGCGACAACAUCAGCGCGUUCGAGAAACGGAGCGCCGGCAGUAGCACAGCCCCAAGGCCCACGAAGCACGCUGGGUCCAGGGACCACCAUCACCACCUUCACGAUGAGCCGGAGAACAGUUCCAGCGGCGUGUCGUCGGAUGUCGAGGUGGAGAGACAGGAGCUCAGGUCUUACGAUCAGGCGGCCCUGUCCAAGCGACUCAGCGCCUACUACCUCCAGCGACGGCAGUCCGCCGAGAACCUGGUUCCCGUGACGACGACCGCCGCAACCGCUGCGCCUGUGGUUUCGAACCUCGACUCGCACCUGAACCAGAGGAACAUGCUUGGGCGGCAUCAACAGAUGGUACCACCGGUCUCUUCAUCAGCAGCGUCCAUGGCGGCUACAGCGUCUUCCAUCGUGGCCAGCAACCAGGCCAUGCGGAGACCGCAGGCCGCCGACAACAAAGCCGUCUUGGGUGGCAUCCCCAAGAAGACGCUCAAGAUCCGGCUGGACCAGAAGGUUCACGCGACGAGGAGGACUGAAGGAGCGCCGCGCGCGACUGAUGCAGCCGCAGACGGCUCGAGCCUCAAACGCAGCAUAGACGAGAGCCUGGACUUUAUCAGGCUGCAAAUCGAUUCGCUGGGUCUCUCAUCCGUCAAUGAGGCGGACAUGCUCACCGAACUGGUCCCGCCGCCACCCGAGUUCUCGCAUGGAGUACGGCCUCAACAGGCUGAGCCCAUCGCGCCACCGCCGCCCGAGUUUUCCGACGAGUACCACCGCCGCUUCGAUCACCACCACCAGCCGGUGCCUCCGCACCACCACCAGCCGCAGCAGCUACCGCAGCACCAGCCGCAGUCGCAGCAGCUGGCUCGCCACCAGGCCGCGCUUUACCACCAGCUGAACCAGCCGCAACAGCAGCAGCACCUGCCGGCAGCGUACUGCCGCUACAACGGCUCUCCGCAGCACCACCACUCGGCCACGCUGCGGCCCACCAGUUCAGCGCAUCAUCAGCCGCGGCCCACGGUGCACGAUGUCUACCGUCCCGGUUACGGGACCCUGGGCAGGCGAACGGAUCCUCAGGUACUCGUCGUCCCUAUCGAGCGGCAGGCGGGGGACUUGGCCCGUUUGAAGUCGGUCCAGCGGGAAUUCAGGCAGAAGCCGCUGGUCGAGUGGAGUGCCCGGGACGUGAGCGAUUGGCUGGAGUCCCUCUUCCUCCAGGAGUACAGGCCGCGAUUCGUCGAAGCCGGCAUCACCGGAGUGAAGCUGGCCAACAUGGACUCCAACGACUUCAUGGGACUGGGGGUGAAGCAGGUUGGCCACAGGGUCAACAUGGAGCGCUCACUGAGGCGCUACAUGAAGUAGGCAUUCCUUCGUACCUGCCGAACACACUUAGCUCGCCGGAAUGGCACGUAGAUAGCGUCAGGGUUGGAGCCGUUUGGUUUGUCAUUUGACAACGUGUUGGGUGUCAUGCGAAGUACACGGAUCAGAGAACAAGUGGGCAGAGUGAGCAUCGCAGAAAAUGGCUCGGGUUUCGAUAAUCAGCUUAUUUCCUAGCUCCACGGGAGUGUAUCUUCAAGAUAGUUAAAGUGAGCAAGGUCACACGAAUAUGCGCUCCUUAACUUUCUUUUUGUUGGAUAUGGUCUUCCCCGCACUCUCAAGAUCCUUUGUUUAAGACCAAGUGAUAGAAUUACAAGGACGUUUCGAGGUAGUGGUGUUGUAUCAACGCCGCUAUAUAUGGUAUCACUACAUUGGCAUCGAAUCCCUGUACUUCGCCAGCACUCUGUAAACGGACUUUAUUGCUUUUUUUUUUAGUCCCGCUGUUUGCUAACGUCGCCACGCAGGUAUGACUCUUAUUGUGUUAUAAACACUGGAAACUGCAGCGUACAAGCGGAGUGUGUUCCUGGCGUGGCCACUGUAACCGUUCAGCGGUGCUUAGACGUGCCGGUCUAGAAUUUGCUCUUUGAGGGCUUUUAAAAGCGAUCCCUGCCAAUGACGCGAGUCAAGCGAUUAAUUUAUUUCGCCCUGAAUGCUUGUACAGUUGCCUGCAAUACAAACCGGAACGGUUGGGGCACGGCACUCCGGGCUCCGCAGAGUGCUUUCCUUUGGUGCGUAUGUUGCAAGCACGCUGUCACUGUAAUUCGGUGAUGACUGAAGAAAAAGUUCAAUACCUGCCCUUGUUCCUAUUUAUAUUGCGGCCAACUGGAUGCGAGGUAGCAGCUCGUAUAUCUGGCACCUGUGCCGUAGUUUUGUAAAUAUGCUGUAGGCUUUAUCAUUACACCUGCUUCUGUCUGGCGUUGCUGAAUGACUUUUGUUUCGCUUACUUGUAAAUUGAGCUUCUCAGUGAUGUGCAAUCUGUUCCACGAUCUUAUCUUGGAGUAAUUUAUCUCUAAUAUAUUACCUUGAUUGUUCCUGUGUAACAGAGUGUGAUAUAGUGUCCAAGUUGUUGCCAUGUCGUACCCGUGUGGUGAUAGUUGAAACGAUGUCAAUAUAAUAAGCACAAUUGACCAGAUUUUCGUUUCGUUGCUGUACCGUAGUGAACCCGAAAUGCCAAAAAUGUGCAUACUUUUUCGCAGUUUCUCUCCUCGAUUUUGCUUUGUGUUAACCCAAACUUGCUGGGCGGCAUGUAGAGAUGUCUUCGGUUGUGUUAUCCAUGCGUGGAUUGAUUCCUGCUUAAGUUUGUUCUCAUUGCUUUGAACGUGCAAUUUAUUUCUGUUUGAGUGACUGGUCAGAAUAGCCGAGCGUUUCCUCUUGAUAAUAGUUCCCGAAAACUGUACAAGUUUACAGGCUGACCUGUCCAUAGUUCUUUCCGCCGAAAACACAACUUUUCUAUAUCAUUUUAAUCGGAUAAGAGUCUAUAAUACUGCCUGAAUGUGACAAGCCAUUUGAGGCUUCGCAUGAUGACCCUCCACAUUACAGUAACUCGCUGACUUUUUCAACACCGAGAAAGGUCUCCCCGCUCUGUGCUACCUCCGAAGGUAUACUUUACGUGUGAAAUAAUAAGGGCUUAGAAUUUAAGUGAAUAUUUGAUGAAGCAGUUCUUUGUCGGCGUACUACUGAUGUGCACUGUUGUACGCCAAAUUACAGGAUCAAUCGAAAUUGCGUUGAGGAAGCCCCAUUGGCAUCAGCCGUGGCAGGCGUGAAAGGGUUCUACGACGUUUGGCAUUCGGCGGAAAGACUGAGCGCGAUAUACCUAAAUCUAUCGUCGAAACUGUAAAUAAAAAAAAAAUAAUUGCGUCUUGGAAUUGUGGUUAACAAAUGUUCCUGCAGCAUUUGUUUCACGAACAUUCAGAACUGCAUGAUCUUGUAACUCAAGGAUUCAAACAGGAAUUUAUUCAGUCGUAACUUUUUCCAAUGCAAAUUGACUAGUCGUUUAGCACUGACAACCAUUUAACAAUCCUGAAGUCUUCGAAGCUUCCAUAAGCUUGUAUCUCGCACAUCGACUUUGUAACCUCAUCGGAGUUUUCAUCGGAUGUGUGCGAUCAUUCUUAUAAGUAAUGCUGAAUAGGUUACAGAAACCAAUGAACAAGCAUAACCAGCCUUUCUUCCCCCCCCUCCCCCCACUUCUCCCCCCCCCUUCUUCUUGACAAAACACAGACUUACCAUUCACAGCCUACCUCGCACCCGUAUGCCCUUGCUUUCGUAUACUGUUGGAAACAGAAUGCCUCAGACAGACAGGGGCGAUGCAUACUUUUGCAAGAACAUUCUUCGAGCACCAGUCCGCACACACAAACACACACAUACAGUUCGCGGGCAACGCUUGUCAAUUCCAGGCGAGCGUGCCGGCAUACAAUGCUCAAUUCGCCAAAGACGCGAGGCCAGAUUCUGGCGAAAACUUGCGACGAAUAAGGUCACGUUGUGCGGUUCGCAGAAGGACUCUCGAAGGAAGGUCAAAGAGCACGUCUGUGAAAGCAGACGGUCUGGCUCGUUGAGCUGCAAGAAACGCAGGCGAUGUGGCGCUGGAAGCUGCUGAAGACAAAGAUGAACGCGACAGCAGAUAAUGUGGAAGUGGAUAGGAGGGUGAAAGACGAAGUGAGAGUAAAGGCAAAGACGAGAACGCGAGACGUAGUGAGACUAGAUAGCAAGCCGUGUUCUGAGCCACAGCCAAGUGUUCACCUCGGCGUUGCAAGCAUGUGCGGGGAAACUUCUGCGCCCACAGAAAUGUAUUGGCAAGUACACUAGUCGACUUGUAGCUGCAAUUGCUGUCUCUUUUCUUCACGUUUCUUUUGUACUUUUCUUAUUGAAUUGCAUAAAUUGGAUUCAUUACGGUCGGACUGUUGGAUGAGAGUGACUCGCGUGGAGUUCGUACCCAAAGCCUGUGAACCUGUAUCGAAUGAAUCGUACAAACGUGCAUUUGCACUAUCUUCAAAACACAGUAUAAGAAACAAAGCAUCGACCAAUUCAUUUCUUUCAAAUAAUGGUCGUCCAACUUCUAGCAUCUCAUUUAGACUCUGUGUUCUGCGUUGAAUCAGACUAUUCUAUCAAGGAACAGCGUACAUCUUCAAAAUGCGUGUCCUGUACGCGGCAAACCGAAACAAGAGUCGCAAGCAGUACCUUUGCGGUUCCACGUUUCGGCAUCGUGCUCAAAGUCGACUAGUGGUAUGAGCCCGCAGUUUACAGAACGAACGCAUAAGUUUUUGUCGAAUCGAAAGCCCGUCGUCUCUGGCUCACAUUUGCAAAGUAGGGGAGUGUAGUACGCGUCAUACAUCGCCAGGAACCGUUUUCUGAGUGCGUGGAUGAAAGGUUUUUUCGCUUUUUCGUGUCAUCUAUUACCCGGACACAGAUGAGUGCGUGAUAAAGCUUUCUUUACCGAGACCAUACUGUUUUCGCACGAGUGAAUGCUGGUGCCGGAUGACUAUUUUCGCCGCGUUACAAGCGAUUAACGUAUUAUUUAUUCUGCUCCGAAUUAGUGAACCAGACGUUUCUGCAUUCAUAGAAAGCCUCCGUUCUAUAGCCCCUUCUUUUUGACAGCAAUGGGGAGGUAGGGGACGCACACUUUGCGCGGCUUUUGAUGUCGAUUUGCCUUUUACGCGUAGCUCGAAUUAUGCGCUGAUGUUGCAUUAUCUAUAGCAAAACGUUGCAGAGUACUGGGCGGUAUUCUUUUGCGAAUGAUAAAUUUUCGAGUUGUUUCGCGAUAUAGGCAAGCCACGCUUAUUCGACUUCAUUUAUUGGCUCGCCGCCUUCAUCUCUGCAAUAAUGGAACAUUUAGUAAAACAUGACUUUCCAUUCAGGACUUACGUCACUUGUUUGGCUGAACGGCUUGUUAAGGCUUUUGUGAAGAUUUAUUGGUCAUACAGGACGUUCUAUUCAACCACAAAUUAGAACGUGUUGGUAGUUAGAUGGCAGUGCGAUGUCCUCGUUUUGAGCAAUCUACAUUGCGAGAACAUGCAACAUUUAUUAAAGCAGGAAGCUAGGAUAGUCGAUUUGAGUAAUUUGACACAUUGGCCACAUUAGAAGGUGCAAAGGCCACACGAAGGCCGGAUGUCUGUCCGCUGUUUAGUUAGUCUAUGUCAAAUUAUACAUACCCUUUGCUAUCGUUUAGCAAGCAACUCUCAAAGGCAGAGAUGAGUUCUAGGGUUGUUUAAAUGCGGCACUCCCGAGAAUCUAAUUUGCUUAUAGUCGACUUAUAUUCCAAAAGAUUGUCAUAUUUUCGUGUAUUCAGAGUUAGUCGCGCUUUACGUGGCCGAGGGUGUGCGCAGUAGUUUUCCUUGGGUUGAAAACAUGGGACUGUCGCUUUAUUUUUCCUUUCUUCUUUUGUAGGCAUAUUUGUGCAAGAAUACAUUUGAAUAAUGCAAAACGGAAUAGUCAGGUACACGCUGCUUUAGUUCCUUAGUUGUAAGUACGUUGUUUUGAACGUCUCGGGCUGCAACACACUUGGAAGGUCGGUCGCGAAGCAAGGGUACAUCGAAGCAAGGUUCAUGUCCUUCUCUUGAACACAUGUCACGCUGGUACUGACUUGUGUACGAGGUAUAGUGGCGAUCACGCAGCCGCAUGUUUCAUGUCUCAAAGUGUGUGAUAGUUCGAAGUAGUCUUUCCCCGAGUGCUUCAAUAUUCUUUUGAGAAGUUUAAUGUCACCUCAUGUAUAGGAAUGUCAUGUCAAGAGUUGAUUUGCUUGAUGUGUCAUGUCGUUUGUAAUUCAACUUUACGUUAUGUUUAUGUAGGACAGCUACAAUAUGCUUUCUUCUAUCUCCGCUUUAAUAAACAGAAUUUCCUAAAUUCUUCAGGCACGUAAAUUAUUCUGCGUUAGAGAAUAAUUGAGCCGCCAUAUGCUUGUUGUAAUGGGAAAGCGUGUAAGACAACGCAGAUCCAAAUAUUGUCUUUGCAUGUACAUACAAACGCUGAGUAUUUGACGAGUGUUGGCCAUGUAUCUAAGUCUCGCGCAUUCAUUUGCGGUGGCAUUGUAUAUAUAUAUAUCUUAUUCAGUGCGUGAAUGUGUAUAUGUAAUAUGUACGCACAUAUUACAACAUAAAGUCGAUUUAAAAUAUUA